CCCAGAGCGCUGGGUUGUAGCGGCUACUUCCGGUCUGGAGCUGUGCGCUCAGCAAAGGGGUUUGGCGCUCAGGAUUUGUGGGAGCCGCGAGGCCCUCGGGCUGUAUCUGCGGAUGCAAGCUGACCCGGGGCUAAAUUCAGUGGUGACGGACCCCGCUCGCAUUCUCUGGUGUUCCUAAGUCUCCGCGCGCACUAGAGGACGCGCCUCCCAGCGCCGAGCCCGUCCCGCGCAUGCGCCGAGCGUGCAGCGCGCGCUUCCCGCGCGGUCGCCUUUGGAGCGUUUGCACCCCGUUGGUUCUGCCACUCCUGAAGGGCGCCUGAGACAGGAGAAGCUUGCUGAGCGGAGAGGGACAGCCGCGGCACCUCGGCGUGGGUGCAGUUGCCUUGCCUCACUGUGUGACAGGAAAUUACGUAAUGAGCAAGUUGAGUGUGGUGGCCACAGUGCACGGGACGCUAAUGGAGCGUCACUAGUCGAUCCUUGGAGCCACCAUGGUGUACGGUCUGAGAGGUAUAUCACCUGACCAAAGACAACUUCACACCCAUGUAAUGUAAUGGGAAAGGUGAGAAGACAUUAAGCGAAUAGAAGUGUGGAACCUACUAAGCAAGAUGAACAUCUCUGGAGGCAAUUGUGGAAGCCCCAGUUCUGCAGAUAUAUCUAAUGACUUUAAGGACAUCUGGACAAAACUAAAGGAGUAUCAUGAUAAAGAAGUACAAGGUUUACAAGUAAAAGUAACCAAAUUGAAAAAGGAACGAAUUUUAGAUGCACAAAGACUAGAAGAAUUCUUCACUAAAAACCAACAGCUGAGAGAGCAACAGAAAGCCCUUCAUGAAACCAUUAAAGUUUUAGAAGAUCGGUUAAGAGCAGGAUUAUGUGAUCGCUGUGCAGUAACUGAAGAACAUAUGCGAAAAAAGCAGCAAGAGUUUGAAAAUAUCCGACAGCAGAAUCUGAAACUUAUUACAGAACUUAUGAAUGAAAAGAAUAUUCUUCAGGAAGAAAAUAAAAAGCUUUCUGAACAAUUGCAGCAGAAAAUUGAGAGUGAUCAACAGCAUCAAGCAGCUGAACUUGAAUGUGAGGAGAAUAUUAUUCCAGAUUCACCAAUAACAGCCUUUUCAUUUUCUGGCAUUAACCGGCUACGAAGAAAGGAGAAUCUCCAUGUUCGAUACAUAGAACAAACACACACUCAAUCAGAGCACCCUGUGUGUACAAAUGAAUUAAGAAAAGUUUCCACGGCUUCAGCUCAUCUACAGCACAACCCUAAGGAGAAUGAAAUUCUAGUAGCUGACACUUGUGAUCAAAGUCAUUCUCCACUGACUAAAACACACAGAACAAGCAGUUACUCCACUGAUCAGUCAUCUUUUAAUUUAGCUACAGUUGUUGCUGAAACAGUUGGACUCAGUGUUCAAGAAGAAUCUGAACCUCAAGGUCCUCCCAUGAGCCCUCUUGGCAAUGAGCUCCACCACUAUCUGGAAGGAGAUCACAAGAAACAGCCUUUUGAGGAAUCUCCAAGAAAAACUGAAGAUGCUUUAAGAUUUUCAGAUUCUACUUCAAAGACCCCUCCCCAAGAAGAAUUGACUACUCGAGUGUCAUCUCCUGUAUUUGGAGCUUCCUCUAAUGUGAAAAGCAGUUUGGGUUUGAAUACAAGUUUGUCCCCUUCUCUUUUAGACACUGGGAAAAAAAACCUUCUGAAAACAUUCCCCUUUAGCAACAUUAUUUCUAGACCAGAGAAAACUAGAUCGAAGUCUGAAGAUAGUGCCCUUUUAACACAUCAUAGCCUUGGGUCUGUAAUGAACAAGGUCAUUGGCCAAUCAUCUUCUAAUAAGCAGAUACUUAUAAAUAAAAAUGUAAGUGAAUCCAUAGGUGAACAGGAUAACACUGAUCAUAUUAAAGAGGCUGUGACUGAUAAACAUUUGGUGCCCCUGAAAUCACUAGGCGGCAGAAUAUCCAAAAGGAAGAAGACUGAGGAAGAAAGUGAACAUGAAGUAAACUUCCCUCAAGCCUCUUUUGAUAAAGAAAAUGCUUUUCCUUUUCCGAUGAAUAGUCAGUUUUCCAUGAAUGGGGACCAUGUAAUGGAUAAACCUCUGGAUCUGUCUGAUCGGUGUUCAGCUAUUCAGCGUCAAGAGAAAAGCCAAGGAAGUGAGACCUCUAAAAACAAAUUUAAGCAAGUGACUAUUUAUGAGGCUUUGAAGCCCAUUCCAAAGAGCUCUUCCUCAGGGCGUAAGGCCUUGAGUGGGAGCUGCAUGUUACCCAGAGAUUCCCCAGAGGAGCCCUGUUUGCAGGAGUGCAUCAUCCAGUCCUUGAGAAAAUCCUCUCCAGACCAUAAAACACCAUUACAAAUUAAAGAAGAAAAUCCUGUCUUCAAAAUCCCUUUAUGUCCCCAUGAAAGUUUGGAGGCAGAAAAUCUUUUUGAUGACAUGAAGGGUGCUGGUCCUCAUGAGCCAGUAAAAGUAAAAACCAAGUCAGUUCAUGGAGGAUGUGAACUUGCAUCAGUUGUUCAGUUGAAUCCCUGUAGAAUUGCUAAAACAAAGUCCCUACAAAACAACAAAGAUACAUCCUUUGAAAAUAUCCAGUGGAGUGUAGACCCAGGAGCAGACCUUUCCCAGUAUAAAAUGGAUAUUACUGUAAUAGAUACAAAGGAUGGCAGUCAGUCAAGAUUAGGAGGAGAGACAGUAGACAUGGACUGUACAUUGGUCAGUGAAACUAUACUUUUGAAAAUGAAGAAACAAGAGCAAAAAGGAGAAAAAAGUCCAAAUGGAGAAAGAAAAAUGAAUGAUAGCUUGGAAGAUAUGUUUGAUCGGACAACACAUGAAGAGUAUGAAUCCUGUUUGGCAGAUAGUUUUCCCCAGGUGGCAGAUGAAGAGGAGGACUUGUCAGCUACCACAAAGAAACCAAGCACACAUGGUGAUAAACAAGAUAAAGUCAAACAGAAAGCAUUUGUGGAGCCAUAUUUUCAAGACAAUGAGAGAGAAACUGCCUUACAAAAUUUUCCUCAUAUUGAGGUGGUUCGGAAAAAAGAAGAGAGAAGAAGAUUGCUUGGACACACAUGUAAGGAAUGUGAAAUUUAUUAUGCAGAUCUGCCAGCAGAAGAAAGAGAGAAGAAGUUGGCUUCCUGUUCAAGACACCGUUUUCGCUACAUUCCACCCAGUACACCAGAGAAUUUCUGGGAAGUUGGUUUUCCUUCCACUCAAACUUGUGUGGAAAGAGGUUAUAUUAAGGAAGAUCUUGAUGUUUGCCCUCGUCCAAAAAGGCGGCAGCCUUACAAUGUGAUGUUUUCUCCAAAAGGCAAGGAGCAGAAGACAUAGAUGUUGAAGCAACAACAGAAGGACAGAAGACAGUUUCUCCUGUGUUAGUUAUUUAUAGUUAAAGUUGGUAUUAAACAUUGAUUUUUUUGAUCUUCUGUAAAUUGAUUUAUAAAUCAGUUUUCUAUUAAAAAUGUUUUUAAAUGGCAUUUA